AUGUCAACAGUUUAUCAAGUGGUUGUGGCAACCGUUUCUCUGGGUUCAACCCCAACACGUACGGAGUCUACUGACUCUGAUACCACCAUCACCUUGCUCACUACUAUCAGCACUACCACUUUCAAGCCUGUGAGCACCAAGCUGCUUACAACGCGGUUGUCGACAUUCAAAUCUGUGGUUCCGACAGAAAGUGAAUCUAUUUUUGAUUCGGCAGGUUCGGAAGUCGCUUCAACCUCAACGUCCACGCUUUCCCGCAAGGCACAGACCUCAAUGACGGUAGCAGAGACCAUUCCUCCCGGAAGCAGCUCCAGUGGAGCCAAGUUAGGCUUAGCAAUCGGUAUACCUAUCGCUGUGAUUGCACUCUUUGUGUUGAUAGCGUUAGCAUGGGUUUUUUUGAAAAGAAAAAUCCAGUCCAAGUCCACCGAGUACUUGACGUACGACCCUGAAGAGGCGGUUGGUGGAAAGGUUGCCUUUGAACGUCGUAGGGAGCCUCCACCGUUUUCGCAGACGUCCAAGGAAAGCAUUUCCAAAAACUCUCCGAAGUUGAAGAGUAGACUUUCCCGAAUGGUCAACUCCGAGUGGAUUUAG